CCUCAUUUUCAAUUGAAAGCAAGGCUGUAACCAGCAUUGAUUCAAUCUUGUUGCGCUGCCAAGUAAAGAGCACCCAUCGGAAAGACCCAAGGCCAACAGAAUAGAAAGCAAACAAUACUGUACGAUCAUUUAGUGUAGUUGAUAAUAAACAACAAUCAGCAAGUCGACAAUGACAGUUGGCACUAAAAAGCCGUCUAACCACGAUAGUCCUCCACCCUUUCUCCCUCUGGAAGAAGUGUACGAGCCGGAGAACAGCAGUCUGUUGCUCCUCGAUGAAGUGGAUAAUAACAACAAUUUGAAGGGUCACAAGCGCAGCAAACGGGAAAAAGACGUCGACAAUACCACGGAUAAUAUCAAACGAGCCGUGGGUAUCUUGAUUGCGCUGCUCGUCUUGUUUCUCCUCUACGAUGCCAUUUUUCGACCACCCGAAAAGCGAUUCAUCAAACCCGAUGCCAGCGAUCGAUUCUUGCGAUGGGUACAGCAUCAUCCCGUACGAGGAAUUGUCGCAUUCAUGCUGGUCAUUGCCAUGGCAGUGGUUCUCCUCUUGCCCGUAGGGACACCCCUCACCAUUGGAUGUGGCUUUGUCUACAAAUCGGCAUACGGAUGGAAACUAGGAGUCUUUAUUGCCACCAUGGUGUCCAUGCUGGGAUCAGGGGCUGGGGCCGUCGCAUGCUUCUUGUUGGGAAGAUAUUUACUCAGAGAUCACGUACGAACCUGGAUUGUCAAAUAUCCACUCUUUGUCGCCAUUGAUAUUGCCGCUGCAGAACAUGGUCUCAAGAUUCUAGCCAUGCUCUACUUGACACCCAUUGCUCCGUUGGGACCACUCAGUUACGUGUCCGGGACAACAUCCAUGGCACUCUCCCAUUUUGCACUCGCAAAGGUCGCAUCCCUGCCCAUUUUGACGCUCUACGUUUUCAUUGGGGCAUCGGCUGGAGCACUCGUGGCCGCUUCCGCCAGUCGAGAUGCCGGACAUUUGGAAGAAAAUGCACAAAAAUUGGAAGAGAAUCCUACCCUCAUUCUAUUUGGCAUUAUUAUCAGUGUCGUCAUGAUUUCCACCAUUUCUGUCUACAUUAAAAAGGAACUGUUCAAGAUUUUGGAACGGGAAAAGAGAAAAGUCAAAAUACUACCCACCACGUCAUCGUUCGAGUCCGACUCGGAUAUAGAUGAGGACAUGGUUACCGAUGAGAUAUUUGAUAUUGACAUUGGUACCAUGUCACCAGGAUCCAGCAAGCCGAUUCGUCAGCGAGUGGUUUCGACGGACAGUCGACAACAUCAGGAUAUGAAUCCACCAUUACAGCAUGCAUAGCGGGGGAACUUUUCAAAUUUCAGGGAGGUGACGACGACGUCUGUUGGAUGGAGUCUUUUCCCCUUCGGAAUCAAUCUAUAUUCUAUUUGACGACAAUCCAUUGGCAGACUGAUGUUCUGACCGUGUCCUAUUAUUGUAUACUAACACUCAUUCAAUCAAUCAAUCAAUCAUACACACGCUGCCUCGAGUGUGCUGCCUGCACCACAAAGUGUGCCUAUCCCAUUCGAAGUUUUAAAAUAUUAUCGUGGAGAAGGCGCCAGACGCACAGCUUUUAGAAAAAGGAACGAAGAACCUUCUUUGGUUUAGGUUGUAGACCAAUAUGGAAUGAUGAAUGAUUCGAAACAAACCCCAACGGGGACGACCGAACACGAAGUAGAAAUUCAUAGAAACGCAUUUGAUCACUUGAAGGAGCUAACUGGGAGCUACCGUAUACCGGUACUGGAGGAGCUAGGAAGGGUUAUCGAAAAGCCACACUUACUAGCCAGACCAAUCUCAAGACCUCGACACCUGGGCUACUCCACCAAUCACGCCUGGAACAAACACUAAUGAUGAGCUCACCCUGCUAGCUAGAUAGGCUCAGCCCUGUCUCCUGACCAACUCGAUGACCAAUAAAUCCGGAGGGAGGCGGCGCCAGUUUCCAGGUUUCUAAUAAUCAUGGGCUCUGGACCGUUCGACGGUUUUCGCUCAGGUUUUAAAAAAACUCAAAAUUUUGCAGUUGAACCAUCCCCAUAAACAUUCCCUUAAAACAUUCCCUUAAAUCCUUAACAUUGCCUUAAAUCAACAUUCCCCUAACAACAUUCCCUUAACGCUUCGAAACAUUCCUCUAAGCCUUCAUGUAAACCCCAUAGAACAUUCCCUUAAAAAAAUAAACAUUCCCUUA